AGUUCAAGAACAGGACAAAAUUCCAGUAUAUCUUCACUAGAUCUCCCAGACGUUAAGUUUUUAUUAUGUUUGCUUUAUCAUUCUCUCUCCAUAUGUGUGUGUGUAUGUGUGUCUGUGUGUAUGACACAGGUUAUAUAUGCUGUAUUUUUUUCUGAGUCACCUAAGUAAUAACACAAAUAUUAUGUCUCGUUACUUUUAAAUACUUCAGUGUGCAUUUGCUAAAAACCAAGGACCCUCCUGCAUAACCACAGUACAUCUGUCAAAACAAGGAAACCAGCAUUGAACCUCCUGUACUAUCUGUCAUCCAAUCUGUGGAUUCCAAGUAACCUCCAGUAGCAAAUUGUUACUCUCCUUAAAAAAUAUUCUGAUUUCUGAGUUGAGCGACCCUUAUCAGGGUCACAGAAUCAGCCCCAGCACUCCUAGCCCUAUUCACUCUCUAUUAGGCAGAGCUGAGAAGGCCAUUUGCUCAGGCAGGAAGAACUACAACUCCCAGAGUGCACCUGUGAGUUGCCAGGAGCAACCAAGGAAUGCAGACUAACAGCCCUGCUGGAGUCAGGACUAUCCACCAAACGACUGCCUUGCCAGCAGCCAUUCAUGGGCCAGGAUUAUUACUCUGUGCUCCAGAUCACUCGCAAUUCAGAGGAUGCCCAGAUCAAGAAGGCGUACCGGAAACUGGCCCUUAAGAACCACCCACUGAAAUCCGUUGAGCCGUCCUCAGCAGAGACAUUCAAGCAAAUAGCAGAGGCCUACGAUGUACUGAGUGACCCUGUGAAGAGAGGCAUCUAUGACAAGUUUGGAGAGGAGGGUCUGAAGGGCGGGAUUCCUCUGGAGUUUGGAUCCCAGACCCCGUGGACAACUGGUUACGUCUUCCACGGCAACCCUGAAAAGGUUUUCCAUGAGUUCUUUGGAGGAGACAACCCCUUUGGUGAAUUUUUUGAUACAGAAGGAAGUGAGGUGGAUUUGAACUUUGGGGGGCUCCGGGGCCGAGGGGUCAGGAAACAGGAUCCCCCAAUUGAACGAGACCUCUACCUAUCCCUGGAGGAUUUAUUCUUUGGCUGCACCAAGAAAAUUAAGAUCUCCCGAAGGGUGCUGAAUGAGGAUGGGUACUCCUCGACCAUCAAGGACAAGAUCCUCACUAUUGAUGUGAAGCCUGGCUGGAGGCAGGGCACUCGGAUCACUUUUGAGAAGGAAGGGGACCAGGGCCCCAACAUCAUCCCAGCCAAUAUCAUCUUCAUCGUGAAGGAGAAGCUGCACCCUCGCUUCCGCAGGGAGAAUGACAACCUCUUUUUUGUGAACUCCAUUCCCUUGGGCAAGGCUCUGACCUGCUGCACCGUGGAGGUAAAGACCCUCGAUGACCGUCUGCUCAACAUCCCCAUCAAUGACAUCAUCCAUCCCAAGUACUUCAAGAAGGUGCCCGGUGAGGGGAUGCCAUUGCCUGAGGACCCUGCCAAGAAGGGGGACCUUUUUAUCUUCUUCGACAUCCAGUUUCCCACCCACCUCACAGCCCAGAAGAAGCAGAUGCUGCGCCAGGCAUUGCUGACCUAACUGCUGGGCUGGGAGCUGGAGCGGGGGGCAGAGAGGGCGAGCUGGGCCUUAGCCCACUCCUGCCCCCCACAGCCUCAGGUGCACAGACGACAUGAGGGGGGCAUGGCAUGGGACUUGUCAACUGACACAAUAAAGAUUUAUUUCCUAUC